AAUGUAGUCUGCCACGUGAGUCCACCUUAUAGACUUCCGCGAUAGACCACACACUAACGCUAACGGUUCUAUUGGGCAGCUUUGCGACCUGGGAUCCAUUCUUAAAGCUGAAACGCUUUGGAGUAAACGGUUCUUAUUGGCCGAGCGCCGAAACAAACGAAUAACGGUGAAGGAGACGAGGCUUGUUUGACAAGUUUGGCGGAUAAAAGGUUUCACACCGCUGCGUUAAGCCGAAUCCUGGUUUCAUCUUGAGAUAAAGAGUGAAAUCUUUUCUAAAACAUGUCUGAGAACCUGGAGAAGGAAGCGUCGAACGGAGACUGCGCAGGCGCACUGGACACACCGGAUGCUGGAGGAGUUGAGGCUGGAGGAGGAGAGCCCAUGCAGGUGGACGCAAAAAGCCACGCACACACAUACAAAUACAGCCUGAGUUACCCUUCUAUUGGUCACUGCAUCAUCAUCAACAACAAGAAUUUCCUCAAGAGCACCGGCAUGAACCAGCGCAACGGGACGGACGUCGAUGCCGGAAAUGCCUUGAAGACUUUUGGGAAGCUGGGCUACAAAGUGAGGGUGUUCAACGACCAGACUGUAGAUCAGAUCAAGAAACUUUUAACUGCAGUUGCCAAGGAUGAUCACAGCAAAUGUGCCUCAUUUGUGUGCGUGUUGCUGAGUCACGGAGACGAGGGUGUGUUCUUUGGAACAGACGGUGCUUUGGAGCUGAAGGCCUUGACAAGUCUGUUCAGAGGAGACCGCUGCAGAUCACUAGCGGGCAAACCCAAACUUUUCUUCAUCCAGGCCUGCCGAGGCACAGACCUGGACCCUGGUAUCGAGGUCGACAGUGGCACCGAUGAUUCGAUGAAAAUCCCAGUGGAGGCUGAUUUCCUUUACGCAUAUUCUACAGCACCAGGUUACUACUCGUGGAGGAACACAAUGACUGGUUCGUGGUUCAUGCAGUCGCUGUGCGAGAUGCUGACUAAAUACGGCCUGGAGCUGGAGCUUAUGCAGGUCCUGACCCGCGUCAACUACAAGGUGGCGCUGGACUUUGAGUCUGCAUCCAACAUGCCUGGCUUCCAUGCCAAGAAGCAAAUUCCCUGCAUUGUGUCCAUGCUCACCAAAGAGAUGUACUUCAGUCUCUGAAUGCAAGCACGCACUUGAGUAAUGGGGAUCAGGCCCCAAUCAGGCAUGUUUAUUAUUAUUGUUUAUAUAUGUAGGAUAAAUGGGGAUCUGGUGUGGUCAUGGUCAAUUAUGUUACACUGUGCUACACUUGGAAUAUUUACACUUGGACGUAAAAUCCUUUAGAAUUUGGCUGUUUAUUUUCCUUCUUGGUUUUUGUUUUAAAGUAUCAAUCAACCUCAGUGGGCGGGAUUAGCUGUCCUCAGAUUUCAUUUCAUCUUCGUUCUCAUGGCAAUUUUCAGCCAAAAAGGAAAUUAAACCACGGUUAGGGUCUGAUAAAAAACAUUUCAUCUUAUUUGGAUUUUAUUUAUAGAGUUAAAGGGUUCUAGUGGUCUAUACUAAACCUUUAAGGUGCUAGAUGUAUAAAUCUCCUGCUGUGGCUUUGUGGCAACGUUCCAGAUAGUACAGUGUCACUUUGGGAAGAAGCUCCGUAUGGUAGCAUUUUUUUGGGACGAUACGUCUAGAUGACUUGAAUAUUUCUUUAAUUGGCCAAAAAUUCACUUCACCUCCUGCCAGAAUUUGUGAUGAAGUUUUGAAGAUGUGUUGUGUAUUGGAUUCAUUACACAAAUGUUGAAGCGAGUUAAAAUUCUGUUUGUUACAGUUGCUUCCAUCAAAACAAAACUUAGAUUGCAGAUACACAGUAACUUAAACAAAAAAGGCAUUUUUUGUAAGAUAAUUUAUACCACAGUACACGAGUGUGUUUUUUUUUUACACACAUCACUGACUUUCUUCUAUCAACUACGCUCACUGUUAUCCUGGAUAAACUUGUCUGAACGCUGUUGUUAGGCAGCACAACCAACUAACAACUGAAGAUGUUUUUACCUCCAUAGCACAUAAAGGCUUUAUACAGAAAAUGUGCAGGCAGGGUGACUGAAAAUAACAUAAAACUAUAAAAAAUAAUCACUUUUUCCUCAGAUUUUCAAAUGUAAUGUGCUUGAUGUCAACAAAAAUGUCAGUUUUCAUGUAGAAGUUUCUGAUAAAUGUAAACCUCUCUGUGGUUUUGUUACGUAAUACAUAAAGGAACUAAGACCACACAAUCAGUCGGGGGGAAAAAAAAUUGUCUUGAAGGUGAUAUUUUGCCACGGGAAGGUUUUUGAGGUUUUUCCAGGUUCUGUUACAAGUGUUCAGGUUUCUCUCAUCUGAAAACGUUUUUAAGAAAUCCACAUGGUCAGUCUGCGCUAAACGUGUGUUGAUUUGCAUCUGAGCCAUUAUCAAAUGCGAGAAAACCUGAAUGGCUAAACCACAAUUUUUUCACUAUGUCGCAUUAUGUAGCAUUUGGUUUGUUCGUUUUCCAUAACAUUUGUAAGGGAGUUGUGUGUGUGUUGUGUAUGUAUUGUUAGAUGCUGAACAUCAUAUAGCAAAUCUGCAGCUUUAUUCACCUGUAUUAGAAUUUCAGCAACCUUCACUAUCAUGUUUAUACGAAACCAGUUAAUAAGAGGGCUAAAAAGUGAAUCAAAUCAGGGAACUAGCAAAUUUGGCAACUGUGUAGUAACAAUAAUUGCACUAAUAUGAAGCUCUUGACUGAAGCUUCCUAUAGGCAAGAGCUGAUAUUUCAUGCAUUUUGUCCCAGAUUUGCCUUUCUUCUACUUCUUAUGUGGUGUUUUUGUACGCGUGUUUAUAUAAUCCAUAGCAUUUGGUUAUUAUGAUGAUGAUGAUGAUGAGCCACUUGAAUUAAAUCAGGUAGUGUUUUUGAGGAACAUGGCCUUAGAACAAUCAGACAAAACCUCAAGUGUCCCUUUACUUAGCCAGAAGUCUUUGCAUGCACAGACUAUCGUAUGAGCCGAAACAAACCAUUUAAUAUCCAGUGCAGACUGGUUUAACCAGCAGGCAGCGUAAACAUUUACAAUAACUGAGCACCAGUCCACAGAGGAUCUUUCUGUACUGCCUGUGUUUGUUCUAUGUAAUGGAAACCUUUCAUGAAAUAAAUAAUCUGAAUUUCA